ACUUUGCUAUUAUCCGGGAUUACCCCCAUACACCAGCAGCUUGCGUGGACAAUGGCUCUUCUCCUCAACCAUCCCGAAGCCAAGAACAAGGCAACCUCCGAAAUAAACACUGUGGUGGGCUCCAACCGCCUCCUUGACAACUCGGACCUCCCCAACCUCCCCUACCUCCGCAGCGUCAUCAAAGAAUCCUUGCGGCUCUGCUCCAUAGAUCCCCUCCUCGUCCCUCACGAAUCAAGAAACGAGUGCACCGUGGACGGCUUCCAUGUCCCUUCAGGCACUAUGCUGAUUGUGAAUGUGUACGCGGUGAACAGAGAUCCUGAGCAUUGGGUUGAUCCAACCAGUUUCAAGCCCGAAAGGUUCUUGAAUGCCCAGGAGAACAAAGAUUUUGAGUCCGCGUAUUUUCCCUUUGGGAUUGGUAGGAGGAUUUGUCCUGGGUCGGGUCUGGCCAUGAGAGUGAUGCUCAUGGUUUUAGGGAGUUUGCUUCAGUGCUUUGAGUGGGAGAGAGUAGGAGAGGAGCUUGUCGACAUGAGCGAGAGCCGGGGGUUUGAUGUGUGUAUGCGCAAGCCUUUGAUGGCCAAGUACAAGGCUCGCCGCUUCAUGCUGCCUCUCUUCUCUUAG